AUGGCUGUCCUUAGGGGUCGCACAGGCAACCCGGACGCCCCUCAACAGCACAGCCAACCGUCACGAAAGGGCAAGAAGGCAUGGAGGAAGAACGUCGACGUGACCGAGGUGAAAAAGGGACUCGAGGACCUAAACGACGAGAUCAUUCAAGGCGGCGUCGUCGCCGAGAAGGACUCCAGCGAGCUCUUCGUCCUCGAUACCGGCGGUGACUCCCGCAACACCAAGAGAGUCCCCAAAGUCAAGGGUCUCAAGGCCGACGAAAUCAUCGCCGCCCGGUCUGUGAUCCCGGCCGUUUCCAGCAAGAAGAGACCCGCCGACAAGACCACCGAUGGCAUAUUACCUGUCAAACGCCAGCGCACAAACUAUGUCACCCACAAGGAGCUCACUCGGAUCAAGAAGGUGGCCGACGGACACCAUGAAUCGACGGUGGAUGUCGUUGACGCCAGUUACGACCCUUGGGCCGUGGGUACAAACCCCGCCUCGAGCUCUGUGGCGUAUCAGGAGGAGAAAGAAUGGCUGCCAGAGCCGACAAGGCCUAAAGCCCCGUCCACGUUGGCGAAGAAGCCCAUAUCCCUCUCCGCCAGCGGAAAGAAUGUGCCCGCAAUUGCCAAGCCGGCUGGUGGGUUCAGCUACAAUCCCGCCGUGACGGACUAUGUCAACAGGCUAGAGCUAGAAGGCGAGAAGGCUCUCGAGGCUGAGCGCAAGCGCUUGGAGGAGCUCGAGGCGGACCGCAAGCGACAGGAGGCCGCUGCCCGCUCCGCCGCCGAAGCAGAGGCAGCAGAGGCGCGCGCCGAGCUGUCGGAGUGGGACGAGGACUCGGCAUGGGAGGGUAUCGAAAGCGACGCCGAAGGCGUGAUCACAAAACGGCCGAAGCGGAAGACCCCAGCUCAGAGGAACAAGGCUAAGAGGAGGAAGCUCUCAGAGGGUCUCAAGAAGCACCAGGCAGCGGCGAAGAGGAAGGAGGAGCAGGCCAAGCAUAUCAAGGAGAUCGCCGAGGCUGUGGAGGAGAAGCAGCGGCAGCUAGCUCUGUCCAAGGUCGAGAUGAGUGAGGAUGAGAGCGAGGGCGAUGAUAUCGAGCUACGCAGGAGACAGCUGGGCAAGUUCAAGCUUCCUGAGAAGGACCUUGAGCUGGUGCUACCGGACGAGCUUCAGGACUCAUUGAGGCUGUUGAAACCCGAGGGCAAUCUGCUCAAGGACCGGUACAGGAGUCUACUGGUGAGAGGGCGGCUGGAGGCCAGGAGAAAGAUUCCCUUCCGGAAGCAGGCCAAGGUCAAGUUCACCGAGAAGUGGGGACACAAGGACUUCGAUAUUUCCAGGCUCUAG